UUGUAACAGCCCCAAGAGAUGGAUCCUAUGGCAUCCCCGUUCUAGAGAUGGGGGAGCCGAGGUUCAGAAGGAUUUCAGGGAGAAACGGUUUAGGCUACUGUCACUUCUUGGCCAUGACACCUAUUUUACAGAGAAGGAACCUGAGUCUGAGAGAGAAUGGAAGUCACAGGGGCAGGCCCUUGGGGCAGAGAACUUCUAUACAGGAAGGGGAAGGCUGCAUCUGAAAGAUCAGGACAACCAGCCAUCAAGUCCUCAUGGACCUGUGACUUGGCCUGCAUGAGAGCACGCAGAUUCAGAAACAUGUUCACAGCAGGCCAGAACUGUGCAGAAAAUACGCCAAGAAAAACAGUGUGGGGUGGUGGAUAAAGCCCUGCAUGGGACUCAGUAUGAAUCCCGGCUCUGUCACCUCUAAUUUGCCGUAUAAUCCUAGACAAGUCCCUUCUUCGUUCUGGCCUCAGUUUCCCUGCCUGUGAACUAAGGGUGGGACUCUGGUCACUGAGGGCCGCUUAGCUCAUCUGAGGCUGGCUGAGGCCGGAGUGCCUGAGGCUGUUUCCCUGGGAGAUGGGGCCUGUGUCCUGCUCCUGGCCAGCACACUCUGAGAACAUUUGCUCUCCUGACCAACGGACAGCCUGUCCCUCCUCCGCCCUUGCCCCCUUGCCAUCCCCCAAACUGACGAAGCUGAUUGUCUUAGCCGGCCCUGUGGGUGCUGGCUGGGCGGCCGGCCGCAGGCCACAGGCGGAGGUGCCACCCGCCAGAGCCCCACCAGACACACAGGGCAUUGUCCCUCAGUCAACAGCCCCUGGGCACCUCGGCCCGGCUCCUGGCCUGCCCCCACGGCCCUCACCGUCUGCCACUGCGCCAGGCCCAGCCAGCUGGGGCCCAAGGCGCCCGGGCAAUGAUGAGCCCACCCACCCACUCCCCCAGCAGCCCCCUGACGAGCUAUAAUUGCUUCACUCCGUCCUGUUGCUGCCAUUCUCUUGACGGAGGCAUCUGGGGUUCCAGGCGGGCGGCAGCUGCAGGCUGGUCGCCUGGCUCGCAGGAUGGACUGGCUGCACAACCUGGUACGUGGCGAUUCCCCACCCCACCCCCACUCCUUUUUAGGGCCUGAGUGUUUUGUUACUUCUUUCCUAUUGAUUAAUGGCAGCCUCUGUUUGGCUUGGAAUCUGCAGAGGUGAGUUCUCCCUCUGUCUUCUCCCUCAGGACGAGAAAGAAACAGAGACUGGUCUCAGAGCCUGCAGCCAUGGCCAGUAGCUCCAGCUCCUGAAUGGAGCUCAGCCCUGCUACACUGAAGCUCAGCCCUGCUACACUGAAGCUCUUUUAGGCCAAAGGCAUCUGGGGAGAUCCUGGCAAACUUGGUUAUCGGGGUUUUUCCAAAGAAUUUCUGGGUCCUGAGAUCCAGGCUGUGUAACCUUGGGCAAGUCCUUCUGUUUCUCUGUUCCCAUCUAUAAAGGGAAGCAGGGAGACUGAUUCUAUUCUGGGUUUCUCUGAGUUUAAGAAUGCCAUGUAAGAAGCUCAGAUGAGAAAGCCUAUUGUUAGGGAGAAUUUUGUCUGCACCAGAACCUAGGACCAAAAAGGAAGAAUUCAGCGAUUUGAAUCUGUCAUGGAUUUUGCACCAAGAAAUAGUUCUGCCAAGAGGGGCUCUGCUGAAACUUGUAUCCAAGGGUCAAGACUGGCUAGAUAGGCUGGAGCGAUCAGCAUGGGCCGUGCGGGGUUUAGGGUUCGGGAUCCAGGGCAAGUGGGAGCCUGGCUAGAUUCAGCAAGGGAAGGCUGAAGAGAUCAGUGUGGGCUGUGCGGGGGUUAGGGUUAGGGAUCCAGGGCAAGUGGGAGCCUGGCUAGAUUCAGUGAGGAGACAGAAUUCCCCCUAGAGGAUCCUCCUUUCUGAUCAGCCCUGGCCUCCACCCAAGUCCUGGCCCUUCACUCCUGGCUUCCUGAGGAGUCUGCGUACUGCUGGGCCCCCAGGUCCUCUCCUGUGUGAGUGAGAGGCUUUCCUGAUGCUCCCAGUUCUAGGGGGAGAGGUGGAUGGCAGCAGGUGAGAGUGGACAAGGGAUCAGGCAGCCAGAGGGUCAGGGUGUGGAGGAAGAGGGCACAGGCGUCAUGGAGUCCAACAAGGAUCCUCGGCCAUGACCUGCCCGUCUCCCCGACUUCAUCCUGCAUCCCCUCUUCCCAUCUACUCUAUUUCAGCCUCACUUAUUCCUUUUGGCAAAGCUCUUAACCAACAAAAACUUCCUUUCAUGCUGUUCCUUCCCCCACCCCCGUACAGUUGUUAGGCUCCCUCUGCCCACAUCUGUCUCCGUCUUAGCUCCGUCAAAGCUCUCCAGACAUGCCCCCUCCUCAGGAAGGCUUUGCAAGACCACCUCACUGCCACCAGGCUGAGCAGGUGGCCCUGCUCUUCUCUAACCACACACUGCACGGUCCUAUCCUCACACUUGCUGCUAGCGAGGCUUAGGUGCUUGGUUUCUUGUUCACUGUCUGUUUUCCUUGCCAGACUGUAAGUUACAGGAAGGCAGGGAUGCUGACAGGCGUUCAUUCACUCAGCACAUGGUUACUGAACACCUAUGUGCUCAGUUCUGUGCAGACACGGGGGAGCAAGACAGUGUGUGGAAAUGGACACCAUGCUGACCCUCAUGGAGGCUGUGCUUAGUGCAGGACUGACAUAUAAAAGAAUCACACGUCCAAAUUGUUAAGACAGCAGUCAUACAAGAGGCAUGUGGUGUUGAGAGCCCAAGAAGGUCCGUGGAGGCAUCACUAAAGAAGUCACACUGGAGCCAAGGACUUGAGGGGUGAAAGGCAGGACGCCGCAGAGAGCAGCCUGUACAAAGUCCCUGUGCAGGAAGGAGUGUGAGGAAAGGAGGGUGUGAGGGAAGGACCCAGGCUAAUACAUGGGUGUGGGAGGAAGCCAGGAGGGAUUUGCAGAGGGAAGUCAGGCCUGGGAAGGUGAUGCUAUCAGAUUUGCAUUUCAAACAGCCGUCCUUGGCCAAGAUGUGGAGAAUUGAUUGGGAGGAGCCAGGGGGGAGGUGGGGUACCAGGUAGGAGACUGUUAAGCUGUCCAGGAAAGUGAGGCUGGUGGUGCAGAUAGAGAAGUGGAUGGGUGGGGAGAUUUUUCAGAGUGCAACAGGAGUUAACGAUGCAUGUGGUGUGUACAUGUCAAUACAUAUGAGAGGUGGGCUGGUGGGACCAGGCCAGGGCAUAGCAGGUGAGCAUGCCCCUCCUAGAGGCCUGUCUUCUUCCCUCCCCACUCCUUGGGCCCUGAAUCUUAGCCCAGAAGGAGACCUGGGUUUCCUAACUUUGACCUGUGGCUUUCUUCCCCAGCUGUUCCUUCUCACCAUCUCCAUCUUCCUGGGGCUGGGGCUGGGCCAGCCCAGGAACCCCAAAGGCAAGAGGAAGGGGCCAGGGCGGCCUGGGACCCUGGCCCCUGGGCCUCACCAGGUGCCACUGGACCUGGUGUCCCAGGCAAAGCCAUAUGCCCGCAUGGAGGAAUACGAGAGGAACCUUGGGGAGAUGGUGGCUCAGCUUAGGAACAGCUCCGAGCCGGCCAGGAAGAAGUGUGAAGUCAACCUGCAGCUGUGGCUGUCCAACAAGAGGAGCCUGUCACCCUGGGGCUACAGUAUUAACCAUGACCCCAGCCGCAUCCCUGCGGACCUGCCGGAGGCACGGUGUCUCUGUCUGGGCUGCGUGAACCCUUUCACCAUGCAGGAGGACCGCAGCAUGGUGAGCGUGCCCGUGUUCAGCCAGGUGCCAGUGCGCCGCCGCCUCUGCCCAUUGCCGCCACGCACUGGGCCCUGCCGCCAGCGCGCCGUCAUGGAGACCAUUGCCGUGGGCUGCACCUGCAUCUUCUGAGACAGCCCUUCCUGCACCCCCAUGCCAAGCAAG